AAAUUGUUGUUGAAAAUAAUUUACAAAGUAUGAAGUGAAAAGAAUGCAAUGUGUACAUUAUUUUAAAUCCCAUCCAGUUUGUUCCUAUGCUUUCUCAGAUUAAUAAACAAAUAUCGUCUCGCAGGUGUAUGUAAUAUGAGUGAUGUUCUUGAUAUAUUAGAUGUGGAACGUCCACAGACUCCAGAAAUUAGUAAAGAGAGUAUAUUGGGUAGUGAUGGAAGAAAAAAGAAGAAAAGGCUUAGUGAAGCUACAUUUAAACGUCCUGAAGGGAUGCAUAGAGAAUUAUAUGCCUUAUUAUAUUCAGAUAAUAAAGAUAAUCCACCAAUGUUUAUUACGGAUAAUGGUCAGGGAUAUAAAAGAAACAAAGCUAAACUUGGUCUGAAGCGAGUCCGCCCUUGGAAAUGGAUGCCAUUUACCAAUCCUGCUCGAAAAGAUGCUGCAGUAUUCUAUCAUUGGAGGCGUAUUGAAGAUGAAGGGGAAGAGUAUCCAUUUGCGAAAUUCAACAAGACUGUCCCAAUCCCUGAAUAUACUGAUGAUGAGUACAUCCAACAUCUGCAAUGUGAUGGUUGGACACGUCAGGAAACGGACCAUCUUUUUGAUUUGUGUCAAAGAUUUGAUCUGCGUUUCAUUGUAAUACAUGAUAGAUGGGAAAGAUCUCGUUUCCCGACUCGAAGUAUUGAGGAUAUCAAAGAGCGUUAUUACAAUAUUUGUAAUAUACUAGCUAAA